AUGAGUGAACUGGACGAAUUCUUUGGAACUUUGUUGAGGAUCGCACGCUUUGUCUUGGAUUUCACCUUGACCGUGCUAUGUAUUCUUCUAUUGCUGUGUGCUCUAGUGGUGCCCUGGCGCUUUCCCAUGAUCUUGCACACUUUCUGGAGGAAACCUUUAAGCUUGAAAAAGUUUCAAAGCAAAUGUGCAGAGCAGUUCUUCAUUUCCAUCUGUGAUGUGCUGGUCUUUGCUUUCGCAGCACCUUCCUUCAUUUGGGUCCUCCGAUGGCACUUACCAUCCAUCAAGAAGGCCUGGACACAUGACAAGGAGAGGGAACAGCAUGGUCACUGGAGUGGCGAAAGUCGGUGCAACUUGCUGGCAAAUGCCGUGGAGAGCUAUUUGGAUGUCAUGGUCUUGCCCAUCUCGCUAGUGCUGCUGCUCACACCUUGGCGCUUCGCUUCCUUCCACACCGAGGGUCUCCGGCAAAGCCUCGUGCAGGCGAAGGACUUCCACCGGAAGCUGUCGAAGCUGCGCAAUUGGGCAUUUUGUGCCAGCUUCAGUGCAGUGGUCGAUGUGCCCUUCAUAGCCAUUGGCCUUUCAUCUCUGGUUCUUCCAGUGCGUCUCAACUCGUUAUGGUCCAUUCUCUUCGUGAAAAAAGGCUUUGAGAAUCCCAAAAGCGAUUGCGAAGCGCGGGGCUAUCUGUGCAUGCUGCCACUGCUCACGUUAACUGACCUCUUGGCCUUCAUCCUGGGAAUGUUGGCCUUUGUGAACCCUUGGCGCACGUGUACCUUGAUCAAGUCCUGCCACUCCUCCUGGAACAGUUCAUCCUGGGUGGAAGUCUCAGGAGUGUCGCCGCGCUUCCAAGAAGCCACGCGAUGGAAUGCCCAGCUGCGGUGGAUGGCCAUGAAGAUUGGCUUGGCCUCGUUGAUGGAUUUGCUGCUGUUGCCCUUGGUUUUGGUGCUCACCCUGACCUUCUAUCGUGCAAAGCCAGUUUGGAUGGAGCUUUGCGGCGACGUGCCGAGCGAUUUGGACUUGUUGCCCUUAUCAAAGGCUCACAGAGUGAUUUUGAAGCAGUUCGGGCUAUUUCUCCUGGACAUCGUCACGUUGCCCUGUUUGAUCCUGGUCCUUUGCACCUGGUAUCGCUAUCGCCACAUGCGGCACAAGCAAGAGCAACUGCGGCAACGCAGCGAAAGUGGAUCAUCUAAAGCGGAGGUGCCGGCGGAGGUCGCCUACCACUGGGCGGUGCUGGUGAACGCGAUGGUGGUCCUUCAUGAUCUGCUGUUGGUGAUUUGCAGUAGCAGUCUCCUUCUCAGUGUUUAUCGCCUUCCGAAGCUUUAUCGCCUCUUGACCGCUGAAGUGGAUGAAGCCCUCACACGCGACACCUACGACUGGGAUUUGCGCGGAAAGAUUUGGGAGGAGAUUGGAGAGCUCUGUUUGGAUGUGCCUUUGUUGCCAUUCUUGUUGAUUCUCCUGUUCACGCUGUGGCGCAGCGACGUGGUCCUUCAAGAGAUCUGGAAGGCCGAAGACAACUGUGCUCGCAGGCGAGUGGUGUUAUGUCAAUUCCUGGAACUUCUCCGUGAUACGCUGGGCUUCGGCGCGUUGCUCAUCCUGGUCGCUACGUUGGUGAGGUUGCCAAAGGUGCUUUUGGACAUCUACUCCCAACGCGCACGUCAAGUCUCUGGGGAGCCGCGCCUGACACUGCGGCGCGUGCGCCUGGUGUCGCCGGACGCCGCCCUGCAGGCGGAUGGACGGCUCAGCGUGCAGGUGGAGGGUCAGCAGCUGGAGCAGGAGGAGAUGGGUGUGAUUCGCAUCAAUGUCAUCUCCAAGAGCUUCUGGGAUGAGAUCGGCCGCGCCUUUGGGAGCUCAGUGGCUAGCUUGGGUCGAGCUUUGCUGCCGUACCCCUUGAAGGAUGGGAAGCAUUUGAAGUACCAGGAUCUUCUGAACGCGGAGGUCUUCUUUGAGCUGAAGAUGGGUGGUCGUGAGUUGAAGACCAAGUUGAUGCAAUUGAAUGCGCAAAUGGCCAUGUGUGUGCAACUGGAGCACCGGACGCCCAAAGGCACCGACGAAAUCUUAGCGCGACUGCCUUUGCCCACACGUUUCCUCCAAGAGGCCGUGAGGAGUCCCGGCACCUUCGUCGAGGUCCCAGAAGAGUUGCUCCACGCAUCUGCGGAAGAGGUUUGUGGUCCCUUGCUGUGUGGCUCUGGGAUCCGCAACGCGCUGUGGCUUUGUGCCUUCAGUGAGCUUUGGCAGUUGAUCCUCGAUGUCCUUCAUUUGUUUUUCUUCCUUGUCCUGGCUUUGGCCCCAUGGCGCAUGCUGCAAUGCGCUUACUUUGCAGCUCGUCCCAGCCAGGUGUGGAUCAUGAAGUGUGCAGAAAAGAUGGUCAGUUUAUUGGCUCUCAAAGAACAACAGCUGAAGAUCUACCGCCAAGGCCUUGAGCCGCUGCUGAACGCCGCCGCCAAGGAUCCGUCUCACAGGACCCCAGAGCAGCUGCAGCGCGUAGUGAAGCAGCAACAAGCCAAGAGCCCGGUGAUCUCGCUGAAAGCUCACCGUUGGGCAGAGCUUCAAGCGAACGAGAGCACCGCCCAUUUCGUGGACCGGGCCACAGCGUAUUCUUCCUUGCUGGACGCAGAGGCGAGUUACUGGCCUGGCUUGAUUCUUGGUACUAACCUGCAGUUGACGCAGGAAUGUAUCAACCCUCAUGAACACGCUCUUGCAUUAGAGAAGAUCAUGGCAGCACAAGCUCUGGCAGAGGAGAUUUCAUCGAAGUUGGCAAGGGAGGUGCAGGCGGCUUGCGAUGAGUUAAAUACGGAGGAGCACAAGGGUGUCAGUGUUUGCCGUGGUCUUUGCAGCAAGUCCUUGCAGGAACAAAGGCAUUUGGUUCGAGUCUUUGUGCUGGACAUGUUGAAGGACUAUGGGUGCCUCUUCCUGGCACUGAUGCUGUUGCUCUCACUCUAUCGAAUACCAGCAGUUUGUAACGGUCUCUUUAGACCGAGCAAGUCCAGGUUUCGAGAACGAUUGAGAGUGGUCUUGAACUUUCAGAUGCGAUGCUUGGUGAGGGAUCUUUGGAUGCUCAUCAGCACCUUCCUGUGCAGCUUAGCAGCUUUGAUCACCUUGGUGCGAGCUUUGGAAUUCUUGCAAAGUGCUUUCCUCUACUGCAAGAACUUGGCAGAUCUUCGAGAGGCUGCCUUGAAGAGCACGGCUGAGGCCUUCAACUCCAUGUGGGAGCUCUUCAUGUUGCUAACGCUUUGGGAGACCUACGGCACACUUGUGAGAGCCACCAUCUGCGCAGUGCUCAUCCCUGCCUGGGGUCUAAGAUGCUUGCCUCACUGGCUACGAAUCGUCUUCUGGCUCUCCCUUACAGCACUUCCAUGGCUUUUGAGCUUUCAACAUGCACUCUGGAGCUAUGGCAUCAUUUUACUCUUGUUCUUCCUCCUGGGCCUUUGGAAAGAUGGAGCUGCAGCUCGCCCUACGCCCGCUUACUUGAAGACCUUACGCGUCACGAGUGUCAAUGCCUUGAUCCUGCUCUCCAUCGUGGCGGAGCCCGUGCUCCUCACGGCGCUCGUCGUCGGAGUCGGAGUCUCCGAGUCCUCCGCGACUCCGUCGACCCGUCGACUGCUGCAGAGCGAAGGGUCCUUCGCUGCGGCGGCGGCUGUGACCCUCUGCUGGCUCAUCGUGAUGUCACUACCACAUGUCAUGUCCUCCGAAAGCAGUUGCCUGGGCACGGUGAGAUUCCAUGUGGCCAUGCAGUUCUUGCGCCGAGCCUGCUUGCCAGCAGCUGUGGUUUUCCUCGCCCAAGACGGAUCACGUGGUGCGGUGUCUCUCCUGUUGCUGGGAUUCCUCUCCUUCACCACCAUCCUGGGUUUAGACUUACUUUCACAACGCCAUUUGCCGGACACGGUGAACUUGGAUCUCGUGCAGCCCGCCGCCUUCUUGGCAGGAUCCAUCUUCACCCAGGUGAUCUUCGUGUACCAGCUGCUGAAUGGGCCGCCCAUGGUCGCAUGCAUCAGCUCGUUGUUGAUCCCCGGAUGGAUCCUGGCCUAUCGAGUGCUUGGUGGAGAGAUCGGUGGACCCCUUUGGUUGUUUCCAUUUCAAUUGGGCUUGGCCUUGGUGGUGUCCUUCUUCAGCUGGGCACAGCUUUGGAACAUCUCACAGCAGAUGCUUUGGGAAGGUGCCGGAUUUCUGGUGCUGGUCUUUCUGCUGCUGUCAGUAGCAGUGGAAGUACAGGCACGCCGCUGGAGGCAGAAGGCCAUGGAGAAGUCUGGACUUGUGGAGGUCGUCCGACAGCUUCUGGCAAAGCUCAGCCAGAAGGGGGUGCUGUUAGAGACACCGGUCCAAGAGCUCUCCGAUGGCCCUGCAGUUGCCAGGACCUUAGAGGACUGCGAACGAGCCACACGCAUGGAACGCUUGAGCGGCAGCUUCUUGGUGGGUCGAAGCCAGUGGCUCGCGCGGCUGCGUUUGCAUCGCUUGGACCUGGAUGUGGUGGCCCAAUGCGGGCAGCAGCUGGUGGAGGCCGUUUGCACGCCUCCCAGUUCCCUGCAGAUCUUUUUACUGAUGAAGCGCAAGAGUGGACGUCGCAUUCCAACGGCGAUUUGGCAGAUGAUCUUGGAGUUUGUGAGUGACGUUCGAUACAUGUCAAAGAUUCUUGACCCCGUGGUGAAGCAUUUCAAUGGUGGCACUCCUCAUCGACAGCUGCUGCGAGCCUACGAGGCCAUGAAGGGAGUCGGCUCGCGUGUCCACAACGUGAGCCUCGCGCGGCGGUGCGCCUCGGAGCCUCUGACGCCCAAGACUGUGUCCAUGGCACGUCCAGGGAUACCCCUCGAGGUGUGGUGUGAAGCGAGCGGCGCUUCAAGCGCUUCGGGCUCUCGCACUGGAGCGUGGCGACGGCGAGUUCUGCAGAAAGUGCAUAAGUCAGGCGUUACUGUGGCCAAGGAACCAGGGGAAUCGUCUGCCUCCCAUGUGUUCUAUGACUUCAAAACAUGCAGCGUUCGCUUCUUGCAGCUGUCUUUGGAGGAGUGUUUGGAGAAGGACUUAAAAGCCUGGUGGAAAGAGGCACCGGGGCUUUAUGGCUUUGGCUGUCGAUGCGGGCGCCCUUUCCAUCCCCCACGUCGCAUGGUGGCAGAGUUGGGCUAA